GCAAGGAAGUACAGAAUAUUUGUUUUAGAGAUAAUGGAAGGACACGUAAUGCAACUGAAUCCUCUUUAAAGCCUUCGGUAUUAAACUGAUCCUGAGAAUCCUAUGCUUUGUGUAGCUAACCUGCGUGUCCUUAUCAGUCUACUCAGCUGCCAAAAGCAAACGGAAACCUAGGAAGCCUUCCUUAACACAAAUGGAUAGCUAGAAGCUUCCUCUGACAGAGUAGAAAGAGCGUAGCUGGUGUACCCGAACCCAUCAUUUACCUGUGUGCUACGCAUCUAGGAGAUGAUGUCCAUCUGACGGAUGUGAAUCGGGAUGGAGUAUGCCACAGCAUGUCAUUCACCCUGUUUUUUGAAAAUGUGAGCUAUGGGUCUGGGCUAUGCUUGUGCUUUGAGAGACCAAACCCCAACCAAACGGGGGACAGUAUAGACCGUUGCUCUAGGGAAUAUUUCCCCAAACAAAAAUGUACUCUAGACGAAGAAGGCUGCAGUGGAAUCGUGUUUUGUUUGUUGCUUGUGCUCUGCUUGUUUGCACCGCGUAUCAGCUCCAUGGUAAGUGGAUGGUUUCAGAACCUUGGACAGCACCUCGGACAGCAGCAGGGGCUGACCACAGCCAGGGCGUUGUGUUUCACUUAAGUACUAGACAACUUAAUGAGAGCACCGUUGACAGCAACUCAACAGAACAAGACCCAAAAGGAAAAAUGACAGCUAAACCUAAUAUAAGGCAUUGUAUUAUUGUGGACCCAAGUCCAACGGUGCCACCUACUAAACCAGUCGUACCACCAGCUCUCCAGCCAGUAAAUAACACUAAUGCCACAGAUCUUAACUCUGCCCAAGGUCCUAGUGCGCACCGCAAUAAAGGGGAAUAUCCAGAGGAUUUGUUUACAAUCGAGCAGCGGAGGCGGGGUUGGGUGGUUUUACACAUUUUUGGCAUGGUGUAUGUAUUUGUUGCUCUGGCUAUAGUUUGUGAUGAAUAUUUUGUCCCUUCUUUGGGCGUAAUCACGGACAAACUGCAAAUAUCCGACGAUGUGGCUGGCGCUACCUUUAUGGCGGCAGGAGGUUCGGCGCCAGAACUUUUCACUUCUUUAAUUGGGGUUUUCAUUUCUCACAGUAACGUUGGAAUCGGCACAAUCGUUGGCUCUGCAGUAUUUAACAUUUUAUUCGUUAUUGGCAUGUGUGCCCUUUUCUCAAGAGAAAUCCUAAACCUAACCUGGUGGCCUCUGUUUAGAGAUGUUUCAUUUUACAUAUUAGACUUGGUCAUGCUGAUCGUGUUCUUUUUGGACAACUUUAUUGCAUGGUGGGAGAGUAUUUUGUUAUUAUCCGGAUAUGGGUGCUAUGUCUGCUUCAUGAAAUGCAACGUGCAGCUUGAAAGAUGGAUCAAGACGCAAUUAGCCAAGCGUCAGAACCUGGUUAAAGUUAUGGCGCUGGAUGUCACUGAUAAGAAAAUUAAUGGGUCGAUCCCUGGAGAUGAGCAAAGACUGGAGGAUGACAGCAACAGACUGAAGCCCAAGCCAGUUCUACAACGUGGUGGUAGCUCUGCCUCUCUGCACAACAGCACGAUACGUAAUACCAUCUUCCAGCUCAUGAUCCAUACUCUUGACCCUCUGGGAGAAGUGAAGUUUAAGGACAAGGCUGAGAUCAUGAGCAGUAUGGCCAAGGCCAAAGUAAAAGCCAGAGAAGGAGACAAAAAAGGCGAGGAAAGGGAAGAAAAAACAGAACUCCCAAAUACAGUGAAUGUUCAAGUGACCCCUCCAACUGAGUCAUCAUCAUCCCCACAAAAUGAUGAUGAAGGAAAGAAGAGAAAAGAAAAAGAAGGCAAUCAGAAAUCAGAAGAAGUUGAGGAUUCGAGUGAUGACAGCUCAGAAACUAGUGACGACAGUGAUGAUGAUGAUGAUGAUGAUGACACAGAUGAUGAAAGUGAUGAAGAAAGUGAUAUUGCUGCUGGAGAAGACAAUGAUGAACCAUUAUCAUUAGAAUGGCCAGAUACCAGACGAAAACAAGCUACCUACCUGUUCCUUCUUCCAAUCGUAUUCCCUCUGUGGCUUACUGUGCCAGAUGUCAGAAACCCACCAUCCAGAAAAUUCUUUGUGGUUACUUUUUUUGGCUCCAUCAUCUGGAUAGCAGCAUUUUCUUACCUUAUGGUCUGGUGGGCUCACCAGGUUGGAGAAACAGUUGGAAUUUCAGAGGAGAUCAUGGGUUUAACAAUUCUGGCUGCUGGUACCUCGAUUCCAGACCUAAUCACCAGUGUCAUUGUAGCCCGUAAAGGCUUGGGUGACAUGGCAGUUUCCAGCUCUGUGGGCAGUAACAUAUUUGAUAUCACUGUUGGCUUGCCGGUGCCAUGGCUAUUGUUCUCCACAUUUAACAAACUGAGUCCAGUCGCAGUUAGCAGUAAUGGCUUGUUCUGUGCCAUCGUCCUACUGUUUCUCAUGCUGCUGUUUGUAAUUAUCUCUAUUGCUGUCAGCCAAUGGAGAAUGAACAAGACACUUGGCUUUACCAUGUUUGGGCUUUACUUUGUAUUUCUGGUUGUCAGUGUGAUGCUGGAGGAUAGAAUUAUCAUUUGCCCGGUAUCCAUUUGAAUCUGGAUGAUUAACAAGCAUAUUCAUUGGAUGAUAUCAAAUAAGAGAUGGAUAAAGAAGUAGAAGCUAUUACCAUCAAAUGCAUACUGAUAAUUUGACUCCAGGUCUCCAAAAUGAAAGCUAUCAAGCAGAGAACCACUGUGGUGAAAAGACACCUGUGAGAGUGCAAAUGGCCAUUGUUGCUCACAUAUUCAUACAACAUUAGAAGUUAUUCUACAUCUGUGGUUUCUUCUGUCUUCUAGACAUUUAUUUAACAUGCAAUGUCUAAAGUUUUGAAAGUGUUUGAUAGAAGCACAUCAGAUAUAAAAAGCAGAAGUUUUUACAAAGACCUCUGAUGUCAAUCAACAUGUUGUCAGUGCUAGAGGUACAUACUGAGUAUCAUAACAGCAUAGAUCUUAAGACAGUCACAAUACUAGCAAAGGCAUUGAUUUUAACAUAUGGCAUUUUAAAUUAAUAUUUAGUUGUGACUAUACCAAUAUUACUUAUUUUUCAUCAGUAUACAGUUAUACUGCUUUCAAAAUAACACUUUUGAAUGGGGUAGCUUGUAGUAAGCAAGAGUCUAGACUUACUAGAAUAAAUGCUAAAACAUUAUUGGUGAUACUUCCCCUGACAUACUAGCAUACAAGCAUAAAGUGGUAAGACUGUCUCUUCUAUAAGACGGAAAGAGAUCAGAUUUGGUAAUAAAAUUCCUUGGAAUUUAAAAUGUUCUGAAAGUCUGUUUUCAAACAUAUGACUGUUGAUGUUUGCUCAAAAUACGUUGGUAGAAAGAGUAUAAAUGAAUUGCAAGUAGUUUCAACUGCAACAAGAGAAAACAUGCAUGGUAUAUUGUAAAAACAAGAUAUAGAAUAUCAUGACAAUAUCAUUUGUUUUCAUGAAAUGGGGUAUAAAAAAUCUACUGGAAAAUACAUCCAAAAGCCUGUUCCUGUAUACUCUUGAAAAUGCAAAAAAUGAUCAGGAAAGGAGUCACAGACACAGCCUGAUUCUAAUGAAAUGCCUGUGACUUAUUUCCUGCUGUUUUCAUAGAUUUAACAAAUAUAUACACAAAAACCUCAGAAGUUAGUACUUUUGCUUCAGGGUAAGAUAAUAUAAUUAUAGAAUAUAUUUGUUUCUUCUGUGAAAUAAAGCAUACUAUUAAUGAAUGAGAACCAAACGUGCUAUGCUGCUAUUUCACAUCUACUACUGAGACAGUUGUACUUUUGUAAGUGACAAGCAUCACUAUACUCUAGUGUGCUACCUUACCAGCUUUCAUAGUAAUCUAAGGAUGUUGCCAUGUGACCAACAGCAGUUUCCUCCAGAUCUCAUCUAUUCAGAAUGUAUGGCUUUUUUCUAGCAUACAAAAUCAUACCCUAGUAACUUACUUGUCCUUUCACACUGGUCCCUCACCAUUCUUGCCUGUUCUGUGCCAUACAGGCCUCAUUAUCUGCUCUCAGUUAGUUGAGCAAUCUUUUAAUACACCUUCUUGUCAUCAACUAGAUAGCCUACAAAUUACACCAAAUUAAACUAGUAAUGACAUCUUAAUGAAAGUAUGACAGUCAUUCUUUUACACAAUCCACUAAAAUGCAUACAAAUUUGGUAUUUAAAGUUUAUUACUUAAGAAUUUGCAAAGAAAUAGGAUAUAAAGGGCACACAAACAAAAGGAUCUCAGCGUGACACUGAGAAAGAUAGUUUACCAAAUACUUGUACAGUUAUCAAGCCUAAUAUUAAUGGUUGCAUCUUUGGAGUUCUCUUCCAGUAGACAAGCUAUUAACCAGUACUGCCAGAUAGGAAUGGUGCAUGAUGUUCCAGAUAUGUUAACCAACUACACAACAAAAAUUGGUAGCGUCACACUUUCCACAAUAAACCACUACAGCCAUAAUGUACCCCAAUUUUCACAAACACAAGAUUAUGUGCUCAUUUCUAAACAUGGAAUGUGUGUUUUUAGAGCUCCCUACUGUAUAAGAACUACUGAUGAAUAUUUCCACUUGUUUAUUAUGGUACGUUUGAAUGUAACUUGUGAUCAGGUCAGGCUUGUCUGUUAUGGUUCUAGUGUCAUGUCAUAGUUUCCUACACUGAAGGAGGACAGCCCUAAUGAAACAUUCUCUCAACAGAAAACAGUACUACUUCAUUGCUGUACAUGAAAUCAUUGAUUAAGACCUGUUACACAAAACAAACACAAUGCUGUCAUUUUCAAUGCCUAUUGAAACAUUGACUGGUUAUAAUGAGUUGUAUGAUAUAUUUUGUUUCUUCUGUGUAAUGAAAUGUAAUAUUCAUGGGUGAAAAAGCAGAACAUUUACUCUUAGAUCUGAUAAACCUUAACUAAUGAAUUAUAUAAGUUCUACUGGAUCCUACAUGGUGGGACAUUCUGUAAUCUGACAUAGGCUGUUAAGUGUGUGUUUGGAGUUACAUGAAGUAUUCUAAAAAUCCAGAAUGUUUCAUUUAGUUCUGCUGACAAUAAACAUUAUUUUUGCUCGACUUUACAGUUUUAGAGGGCAUCAGUGGCAUUUGCAUUGACAGUAGGCACUGGGACAGCUGCUUUUCAAGUGGAAAAAAGUCCAUUGUAACAAGCAGUAAUGAGAAUAAAUGACGUUGAGCCAACUA